UCUAGUUGGCUGAAUCCCUUGUUCAGUAUCGGGUACAAGAGGAAGUUGGAGGAAGAUGACAUGUAUAAAGUUCUCCCAGAAGACGCAUCGGAUAGACUCGGAGAGGAGCUACAAUGGUACUGGAACAGGGAGGUUCAACAGGCGGAAAAAGAUCUGUGCCCACCCAGACUUGCCAAAGUUCUUGUUCAGUGCUAUUGGAGAUCAUACGCACUCAUUGGAAUAUACAUCUUUAUAGAGGAAAUUAUCAAAGUCAUUCAGCCGUUGCUACUUGGGAAGAUAAUUGAGUACUUUGAGAGUUCUGACCCCACCAACACAGCUGCAGUCUAUGAGGCCUACAGCUAUGCUGGAGGUUUCUCCUUGUUAACCAUUGUUCUGGCUGUCCUUCAUCAUCUCUAUUUCUACAACGUCCAGAGGGCAGGCAUGAAGAUUCGUGUGGCCAUGUGCCACAUGAUUUAUCAGAAGGCUCUUUGUCUUAACAGCAAAGCAUUUACCAAAACUACCACAGGACAAAUUGUGAACCUCUUAUCCAAUGAUGUCAACAAAUUUGAUGAGGUAACCUUAUAUUUGCACUUUUUGUGGAUUGGUCCUCUACAAGCAGCAAUUGUAAUAUUUUUGUUGAUGUAUGCGAUUGGCCCAUCAUGCCUUGCGGGAAUGGCUAUCUUCUUCUUCCUGAUGCCAGUACAGACUAUGUUUGGACAGCUGUUCUCUAAUCUCAGGGCUGAAACAGCAGUCUUAACAGAUGACCGGAUACGCACAAUGAAUGAAGUCAUUUCUGGGAUCCGCGUUAUAAAGAUGUAUGGGUGGGAAAAACCUUUUGCUGCAUUGGUGAAUGAGGUCAGAAGAAUGGAAAUCUCCAAGAUCAUGAAAAGCUCCUUCCUGCGUGGUCUGAACAUGGCAUCAUUUUUUGUGGCCAACAAGAUUAUCGUCUUCAUCACCGUCUGUGUCUAUGUGCUGACAGGAAACCAGUUGUCUGCUAGCAGAGUGUUUAUGGCAGUUUCCCUGUAUGGAGCGGUCAGACUCACCAUCACACUCUUCUUUCCCUACGCCAUAGAGAAGAUCUCUGAGUCUCUCAUCAGCAUUAGAAGGAUUCAAAAUUUUCUUUUGCUGGAUGAAGUUGCUCCUCAGCAUUUGGGGCUUCCUGUGGCGGAGAAGGACUGUAUGGUGAAAAUUCAGGACUUAAUAUGCUACUGGGAUAAGAUGCUAGAGGCUCCAACUUUACAGAACGUGUCUUUUACAGUGAGGCCUGAGCAGCUCCUGGUUGUAAUUGGACCUGUUGGGGCUGGAAAGUCCUCGCUCCUCAGUGCCAUCCUGGGAGAACUGAGUCAGGAAAGUGGUGUGGUCAAGGUCAAAGGAGAGCUGACUUAUACUUCUCAGCUGCCCUGGAUUUUACCUGGUACCAUUCGGAGCAACAUCCUUUUUGGCAAAGAGCUCAACCCCCAGAAGUAUGAUAGAGUUCUGAGAGCCUGCGCCCUCAAGAGAGACAUGGACCUAUUGCCAGGUGGUGACUUGGCAAUAGUUGGGGACAAAGGGGCCAACCUAAGUGGAGGACAGAAGGCAAGGGUCAGCUUAGCAAGAGCAGUGUAUCAGGAUGCAGAUAUCUACUUGCUGGAUGACCCUCUCAGUGCUGUGGAUGCCGAGGUGGGAAGGCAACUCUUUGAAGAGUGCAUUUGUGGACUUUUGAGGAAGAAGCCUCGUAUCCUGGUCACUCAUCAAAUCCAAUAUCUGAAGGCUGCAGAUCAAAUUGUCGUCUUAAAACAGGGUCAGAUGAUUGCACGGGGGACCUACAGUGAGAUGCAGAGCUCUGGACUUGACUUUGCCACCCUGCUUAAGGAGGAGGAGGAGGGCCAGGAGGGCGAGAAGCAGGGCGCGACCCCCUUCCCUGGGACUGUCUCCCACUUCCCUCAUACACACUCUGACAACGCAAUGUCCUCUAUGUCCUCCCUGUCCUCUUCUCUGUACUCUUUGACUGAUGGCGCAGAGCCACUUACAAUGGCAGUGCAACCAAUGGAGGAGGAAAGCCGCUCAGAAGGAAACGUGGGCCUGCGUUUGUAUGUGAAAUAUUUCAGGGCAGGCGCCAACUUCCUGGUCCUCUUGGUCCUCAUUUUACUCAAUGCCCUAGCACAUAUCACCUUUGUUCUACAAGACUGGUGGCUUGCUUGCUGGGCCUCUGAACAGAAGCACAUCAAUGUGACAGAGCACCUCAAUGGCAGCUUCCCUCGGCAGCUGGACCUUGACCUGUACCUAGGUGUUUACGCAGGUUUAACAGCAUCUUCAGUAGUGUUUGGCUUCCUUCGCAGCUUGGUCUUCUUUAGGGUCCUGGUGAGCUCGGCCCAAACCCUACACAACAGCAUGUUUGAUGCCAUCCUCCGGACCCCUGUACACUUUUUCAAUAUCAAUCCAAUUGGAAGAAUCCUCAACAGGUUUUCAAAGGACAUAGGUUACCUGGACUCUCUGCUCCCAUGGACGUUUGUGGACUUUAUCCAGGUAUUUCUCCAAGUCAUAGGAGUGAUCGCAGUAGCUGCCGUCAUCAUCCCCUGGAUCCUUAUUCCUGUUGCUCCACUUCUUGCUGUCUUCCUGUUUCUGCGAUGCUACUUCCUGCAGACCUCCAGAGACAUAAAACGCCUAGAGUCUACCACUCGGAGUCCGGUUUUCUCCCACCUAUCUUCCUCUCUCCAAGGCUUGAGCACCAUCCGGGCUUUCAAGGUUCAGCAGAGGUUUCAGCAAAUGUUUGAUGGAUAUCAAGAUCUUCACUCAGAGGCUUGGUUCCUGUUCCUGACUACUUCUCGCUGGUUUGCUGUACGUCUUGAUGGAAUUUGCUCGAUUUUUGUCACCAUCACUGCUUUUGGGUGCCUUUACCUGGGGGCUGGACUGGAACCAGGUGCAGUGGGUCUGGCUUUAUCUUAUUCAAUGACACUGACAGGCAUGUUCCAGUGGGGAGUCAGACAGAGUGCAGAGAUUGAGAACAUGAUGACAUCAGUGGAGAGAGUGGUUGAGUAUGCCGAGCUGGAGAGUGAAGCACCCUGGGAGACGGACAAACAACCUCCGCAUGAUUGGCCCGAGGCAGGCUCCAUCACUUUUGACAGAGUCAACUUCUCUUACAGUGCCAGUGAGCGCUUGGUCCUAAAGAAUCUGACUGUCGACUUCACAUCCAGAGAAAAGGUUGGCAUUGUUGGACGCACUGGUGCUGGUAAAAGCUCGCUGAUCUCUGCCUUGUUCCGGCUGGCAGAACCUGAGGGACGAAUAACGAUUGAUGGUUUUCUGACUUCUGAGAUCGGUCUGCACACCCUUCGUCAGAAAAUGUCCAUCAUCCCGCAGGACCCAGUUCUCUUCACUGGCACCAUGAGGAAGAAUCUGGACCCUUUCAGGCAGCACACAGAUGAGGACCUGUGGAAUGCACUCCAAGAGGUGCAGAUGAAGGCCGUGGUGGAGGACCUACCCAAUAAGCUGGAGACUAUGCUGACUGAGUCCGGCUCUAACUUCAGUGUGGGCCAGAGGCAGCUGGUGUGUCUGGCCAGGGCCAUCCUUCGGAAAAACCACAUCCUGAUCAUUGAUGAAGCCACAGCCAAUGUGGAUCCAAGAACUGACAGCCUCAUCCAGAAGACUAUCCGGGACAAGUUUCAAGAGUGUACCGUCCUCACCAUUGCUCACAGGCUCAACACCAUCAUUGACUGUGACAGAAUACUGGUUUUGGAUGCUGGCAGGAUCCAGGAAUACGACGAGCCAUAUGUGCUGCUCCAGAACCAGGAAGGGCUCUUUUACCAGAUGGUCCAACAGACAGGCAGAGCUGAGGCCACCUCACUGCUGUACGCAGCCAAACAGGUUUACAUGAACAAAAAGCGAGUGACAGACGUUCACUGUGCCAAGGACAUCUGUGCAGUCUUUGAGACGUCUCUUUGACAGUUUGGAGAGUCGCUGUGGCCGUCACGCUCAUCAUCACUGACCAAAUCUUUCACCAUGGUGUGCCUUCAUUGACAUCAUAUUACUGUAUGGCUGUUAAUUGAUUACACCCUGUUAUGUUUAUGUAUGCAUGUUCUGGCCUCUUGGGUAGCUUCAAUUUGCACUAGUGCUAAAAUAACUGCAGAUAUUGGAUGUGUUUAUCCAGGUGCAAUGAAUUAUUGGUGGCUUAAACUAUUCAUUUAAAGCACACAUUGUUUGGUUAGACUAAGGUCUUUUCAUUCUUUGAAAAAUGCUUGAAAAGACGAGAAGAACCACAGGAGACAGUGAGCGAUGUUUUCAGUAAUUAUUGUGCCUUAAUCAGACUAUUGAUGUUUUUUGUAAUUGCAUUGUUUUAAUUAAGUAGUCUUCCAGCACUUUGACGAUAGUGGUUUUAUGUCUACCUCAGCUCUUGUCUGGAAAGAACAGUAAAUUUGAAAUGUAACAUGUCAUGUACUGGCAAUGAUAACGACAAACACCAAGAAACAAUCAUUGCUUCUGAAAAAUGUUUCCCAUUUAAAUCAACCUUCUCUCUUUAUUUUUGAUAAAUGGGUUGUUGUGGGUUUAAAAGCAGCACUGGCAUGCAAUAUGGUAUGACUAUUAAUAGCUAUAUAUUUAUUUACAUUGUCUAAAUCUUUGUGUAGUUUUUUUUAUAGGUAAGAUUUUAGAGAGAUGCACUUUUUAGUUGUUUAGUCAUAAAUAAGUAAGACAAAUGAUGACUUAUAAUGUAGAUGAAGUAAAAAUUCAUAUUACUAUAUAUAAUAAAAGAGUAUUUCUUGAA